AUGUUAAAAGGAAAAUUGUUUACUUUCCUUACUUUGACAUUUUUUUUUAUUUAUUUAGGAAAAACAAUUUAUCAUUUUUAUGAUUUGUAUCAUCCAACAACUUGUAAAGAAAAUAAUAAUGCCAAUUGUUACAAACCUUUAAAAGAAUUUAUUGGUAAUAAUGAUCCACUUAUUCAAAUAAGGGUUUAUCAAAUGUUGACACAAAAGUUCAAUACUGAUAGUGAUGAAGUAUUUAGAAAAAAUGAUUUUCAUAUAAAUGAAGAGUUUCAUGAAAAUGUUAAAUUAGAUAUUUCUCUUUUACACAAAAAUAAAGGUGAUAUAUAUUUACAUUUAUUUUUAUUACCUAAUAAUUAUGUUGGUGAGUCACCUUUAUAUGCCAAGUGGAAAUCAUAUACAAAUUUCAAGUUAACGCAAAUGAAAGUACCAGCUGAUGAAAUGUCAAAUCUUUUAACAUCAUCAACAAAUAAACAAAAAACAAAAGUUAGCACUAAAAAGAUAAUGCACAUAUUAAAUGUAUUUCCAUUUGGAAUAGUUACUGAAUUUCUAUCAUAUCCUUCAAAUGAAAUUCCUUAUGAAUUUUAUCAUGUUAUGAGUGUGAUCAAUAAAGAAUAUACUCCUGUUGUAGUUCCAAGUGAAAUGAAUGUUCAAGAAUCAAAUUUUCUUAAAUUAGAAAAAGAAAAUUUGACCACAACUGUUAAAAUUGAAUAUCAUCCAUUAUCAGUUGGAUCUUUUCGUAUGCAAAUAAAUAUGUUAGAAUCAUUUAAAAGAUUAAAAGAAUUUGGCUUUUCAGAAAAAGAUUUUGAUGAUAUUAAAAAUAUGUUUACAAAUAUUAAUUAUUAUUAUCUUUCUAUAAUUAUAAUAGUUUGUACGGUACAUAUUACUGUUGAUAUAUUAUCAUUUAAAAAUGAUAUUUCUUUUUGGAGGAAAAAAAAAGAUAUGAAAGGAAUGUCGACAAAAGUUUUAAUAUGGAAUUGUUUUAGUGAUACUAUAAUUGUAUUAUAUCUUAUAGAUCAAAAAGCUAGUAUGCUUAUCAUUAUACCUAGCUCAAUUAGAAUAUUUAUUGAAUUAUGGAAAUUAAAAAAAGCAUCAAAAAUAUCUAUACAAUUUAAGUAUAUUAUUAUUCCUUACAUUUCUUGGGGACAAAAAAGUAAACAAGAAAUUGAAACAGAUAAAUAUGAUUCUGAAGCAAUGAAAUAUUUAUAUAGAAUUGUAACUCCUUUAGUAAUACUAGGAACAAUAUAUAGUUUAAUUUACAUUCCACAUAAAAGUUGGUACAGUUUUAUAAUAAAUAGUUUAGCCAACGCAAUUUAUGCUUUUGGAUUUUGUUUCAUGUUCCCACAACUAUUUUUAAAUUACCGUUUGAAAUCAGUUGCACAUUUACCAUGGAGAGCAUUCAUGUAUAAAGCAUUUAACACUAUUAUUGAUGAUGUAUUUUCUUUUAUCAUAAAAAUGCCCAUGUCAACAAGAAUUGGAUGUUUCCGUGAUGAUAUUGUAUUUAUUAUUUAUCUUUAUCAAAGGUAUAUUUAUCCAGUUGAUAAAACAAGAGUUGAUGAAUAUUCAAUUUCUGAAGAAACUGAAUCAAUUAAAGAAAAAAAACUUCAAUAA